CUAGGGUUUUCGCCUCCAUUCUCGGUUCAAGGCAAGAACUCCGAAGAGAGCGCAGCUACAAAAUCAUCUUGUUCUAGCCUUCCCUCCCUCACUCAGCUCAGCUCAGGAUGGAAUCUCAGGUGAAGCACGCAGUCGUGGUGAAAGUUAUGGGUCGGACUGGAUCCAGAGGUCAGGUGACUCAGGUCAGAGUCAAGUUUCUGGAUGAUCAGAAUCGGUUCAUUAUGAGGAAUGUUAAGGGACCAGUGAGGGAAGGUGACAUCCUUACCUUGCUCGAGUCUGAGAGAGAAGCCAGAAGGUUGCGUUGAUGGGCUCGUUGGUUUCACCUCCUAUCCUCUCAGUUUUGGCAGCUCAGGCAGUACUGCUUUCAUGAUGUGUUAGUUAGUUAAUGGCUUUAUUGUUGUUGUUGACAUGUUGCCACUAUGUGGUUUUUAGUUUAUAUUUCUGAAAUUAAGUAUAACAACUUGAAUUUUGAGAUGAAAUGUUUGUAUUGGAUGCUUCAAUCUUCAAUAUUUGAAAGACUAAGUUUGGUUUGACA